CGCCAAGCACUCCCAUCAUCUCCCAAUUUAAAGCUCGUCACACAGUGAUUCAUCCCUCACUGUUUGUUCACUUCACCCACUCCUUUCCUCAUGGUCUCUAUUAUUAUUGUGAGGUCACCACUCACAACCCUAAACAUAUAAACCCCACACUACCCCAGAGGAGGUACCAAAAUUAAUAUCACUCCUCUCUUUCUUGUCUAGUUAGCUAUACAGAAAUGAAAGACGAUGAUGCACCACCGACACUCGUCUCAAUCCCCUCUCCAACCACCGCCGCAACUCCGCUGAUCAGGAAACCGGAGAGCUCACCCUCGUCUUCUUCAAAAGCAGCUCGGCUGUUUGUUGUCAAGAAUCGCUACAAGUUCUGGGCUCUAGCGGCGAUUCUGUUGCUAGCUUUCUGGUCUAUGUUCACCGGCUCCGUUACGCUCAGAUGGUCUGCCGGCAACUUAACCGGCCUUUCCGACCAGCUCAACCUCCCGAGUUACGACGAUCUUGAUAUUCUGGAAGUGGAGGACAGAGAGAAGGUGGUGAGGCACUUGUGGGAUUUGUACACGCAGAGGCAGACGGGGGGGUCGAGCAGAAGAAGCACGACCCGACUGCCUCGGUUUUGGCAGGAGGCUUUUGAAGCUGCUUAUGAUCCUUUGAGCAGUGAUGUUCCUGCUGUCAGAAACGCUGCCGUUUCUGAGAUUGCUAAGAUGUCCAUUCGCUCCAUCAAUGUUGUUGACCCCUUCCCACUCCAAUCCAAGGGCGUUAGGGAAUUGAAAAGGAAGAUCAAGAAAACAAAGGAAAACAAGGAGGUAACUCAUACAGUAGGGAGCAACUCAUAACUAGAAUCAUUCCUUGUAUUUGCUCCUGCACAUCUUCAACAAUCUGAUCCAUCUUAUAUUAUAUUCAAAUCCAUGCACCACUAUUAGCUCAAGCAAUGGUGAUAUCUAACUGUGCAUGAAGUUAGGUUUUAGUUACUUGUAAUACAUAAUGGUAUUAUCAUCAAUAAAGGGUUUCCGGAAAUGCUGAAAA